AUGCCAGCGGACUACCCGAAGAAUCCCCCCAAGGCAACUUUUAGAACAAGGAUCUACCAUCCAAAUGUUGAAGAGUCGACUGGAGCCGUUUGUUUGGAGACAUUGAAAAGAGACUGGGAUCCAAAGUUGACAUUGAAGGAUAUCCUUAUCACAAUAUCGUGUUUACUCAUUCAACCCAACCCAGACUCGGCAUUGAAUGCCACGGCCGGCGCCUUGAUACAAGAAGAUUAUGAGGCGUUCUCGACGCAAGCCAAGUUAAUGACCAGAAUCCACGCCCCAAUUCCCUUGGCCCUUGUCAACGCCGUUCAAGAUGCAAAGAAGCGCGGAGAAGAACCACCCUCAGUACAGGAGAGGCCACUGAGCGUACCUGCUCCCUCCUCUGGUCGAGAUUCGGAAUGCGAACACCCGAAGGAGAACGCUCUAGGUAGCACGAUCGUUCGAGGUCAACGGGACAAUGCAAAGGUGAAGCGGCCACUUAUGGAACUAUACACUUCUGAAGGCCCAGAGGAGGAGGUCCAUGUCACUGGAAAUGAUGAUACCUCCAAGGACACGACGAUUCGCAAAGGACCGGAACCACUGGCUGAAGGGCCACUCAGAAAGUCCCCCAAGCUUAUACGCCCGGAAGCGGGUGGUCUAGCGAUCUCGAAAGGAUCUCCGCUGAUGGGACAACAACCAGAGCCGUGCUCCUUACCCGUUGAGAACGAUAAAGAAAACCUGAUGGCUUCUAAGCAUAGGGCCCCCGAGACGGGAUUGAGCCAGGCUUCAAGACCCCAGGUUCUACGCAAAGUCUCGAAUGUGGGUUCCAGAACGCCGCAGCCACGUGUUGGUAUCCGACGGCUAUGA